AUGGAUGUACAGAAUUAUUCUUUGGUGUCAGAAUUCAUAUUGCAUGGACUCUGUUCUUCACGAUAUCUACAAAACAUUUUCUUUGUAUUUUUCUCUGGCAUAUAUGUGGCCAUUAUUCUGGGUAACAUCCUCAUCAUCAUCACUAUAAUUUCUGUCCCCAACUUGUGUGCCUCUCCCAUGUACUUCCUUUUGGGGAACUUGUCUUUCUUGGACAUGUGGUUGGCCUCUUUUGCCACCCCUAAGAUGAUUAGGGAUUUCCUUAGUAAUCAAAAACUCAUCUCUUUUGAAGGAUGUAUGGCUCAGAUCUUUCUCUUACAUUUUACUGGUGGGGCUGAGAUGGUGUUGUUAGUUACCAUGGCCUAUGACAGAUACGUAGCCAUAUGCAAACCUUUACAUUAUAUGACAAUGAUGAGCCAGAGGACUUGCAUAAAGUUGGUCUUGGUUUCAUGGGUCAUUGGGUUUCUACACUCUAUCAGUCAAGUAGCUUUUACUGUGAAUUUACCUUACUGUGGCCCAAAUGAGGUGGACAGCUUUUUCUGUGACCUUCCACUAGUGAUCAAACUUGCCUGCAUGGACACCUAUGUCUUAGGUAUACUUAUGAUUUCAGACAGUGGGUUGCUUUCCACUAGCUGUUUUCUUCUCCUACUAAUAUCAUAUGCUGUUAUCCUUUUCACUGUCUGGCAGCAUGUGGCAGGUGGUAUAACUAAAGCACUCUCUACUUGCUCUGCACACAUUAUGGUAGUCAUACUAUUCUUUGGGCCUUGCAUUUUCAUUUAUGUGUGGCCUUUCAGUAGAUUCUCUGUGGACAAACUCUUGUCUGUGUUUUACACUAUUUUUACUCCACUCUUGAACCCCCUUAUCUAUACAUUAAUAAACAAGGAGAUGAAAUCAGCUAUGAAGAAACUGUGGAACCAACAUGUUGCUUUUCACUGA